CAUUUGUUUUCAAUUUUUUUUGUCGUGUGAUCACAGUCGAAAGUGAGAUUAAACAGUUUUCAAAUCUAUGUAAAGGACUGUUGAAUGAUUUCUAAUUUACUUAACUCGUGCAGUGCGUGUUAUUCAUUGUUAUAGAGAUGAGGGUGUUAAUUUGUAUACUUCUUGGGGUCCUCCCGGCAUUUGCCUUCCCCACACCUGAGGCAGGUGUCCCUCCAGAAUGCAUUGACCCAACUUUUGCCUGUCAAGAUUUACAGAGUGCAAGACUAUGCAGGGUAGUCAAAACCUGCAUCUACGAUGUAUGGGAAACAAUGUCUGUUCCUGAUAGCAAUGAUGAAAUCUGUGAUAUUUGUAAAGAAAUGGUGAAAGAAGCUCGAGAUCAACUUCUAAGUAAUAUGACACAAGAAGAAAUAAAGGAAGUGUUCGAAGGAAGUUGUAAAUUAUUGCCUGUCAAACUAAUUGCUGAUGCGUGUAUUAAAGUAGUAGAUGAAAUAAUUCCUCAGCUGGUUGAAAUGUUGGCUUCUCGAAUGGAUCCCACCAUGGUUUGUACUGUUUCUGGAAUGUGCUUUCCAUCUAAGAAUGAUCUGGAAGUAGAGAAACAUAUUUUGAAAUUUGUUAGAGAUUAUUUGCUCAGGCAGAAGAAUGAUCAGUGUGCAGAAUGUACACAGAUGAUGACAGAUGUUCAAACAUUUAUGAAAUCUUCAUCUGAAGCUGAAGUGAAAAGCUAUGUGGAAAAAUUAUGCCAUGAAAAGAUGCCAUCUUAUUUGUGUAACAUUGUGCUAAAUACUUAUUUCAAUGAUAUCUACAAUUUCAUCUUGAACACUGAGCCUGCAAAAAUGUGCAGCUCUGUUGGAAUUUGUCCUCAGAAAUGUGAAUUAAAUAAUGAAGUGUCAAAAGUUGAGGAUGAGUUGACCUGUGAAUUUUGUGAACACCUUCUACAACAUGUUAAAGAUUUAAUAACUUCUAAUACAACACUGGAUGAAUUCAAAACUGCUUUACUUAAUUUUUGCAAGAAAACUGGAAAAUGGGCAGACAAAUGCACAAAUUUAGUGAAUGACUACUAUGAUAUGAUUUUUACCUACAUCAAGCAGUUAGAUACCCGAGGCAUGUGCACUCUUAUGGGUCUGUGUGAUAAGACUGGUUGUGUUGAUCUUCCUCUUAUCAAAAUUGAUCCUGAACGAGAAGCCCACAGAAAAAUCCCUCUCAUCAGACUUCAGCCUGCUCAGUAUCCAUCUACCAAUUUGAAACCUCAACCUCUUGUCAGAUUGAUUCCUGCUGAAAUGAUUUCCAAGAAACAGAUGAAAGAAUCAAAUGACGUUUUCCAGCUCCCGCUUGACAGGUUGAUGCAUCCUUUGCCAGUUUUUGAGAAAGAUACAGAAUGUGCUUUAUGCAAAGCCUUUUCUUUCUAUCUUGAAAAAGAUUUAGCUGGAGACAAUAGCAAGAUACAUGUUCGCCAAGCAAUUAAUGGAAUUUGUGAAAAAUGGAUGGUAGAAUAUCCUGAUCAUUGCAAAUACCUUGUUAAUAAUUAUUCUCAGAAAAUGCAGAUGGCCAUUGCAAAGGGUGUCAGCUUUGAUAAUCUGUGCUCUGAGGUAAAGGCCUGCUUAUUAGAAAAAAACAAAAAAGAUGACCUCAAUGUAAAAGUUAUCCCAAAAUCUGGGGAAAAUCCAUUCUGUGACUUGUGCAAAGAUGCAAUGAAUGAAGUUGAAAAAGCACUUAGUGACCCAGCUAUUAAACAAAAACUGAGGAACUCACUGGAUCAAGUCUGCAAUCUCUUACCAAAAUCUUUCAGGGAUGAUUGUGUCUCUUUCAUUAACCAAAAUAUUGAUGCACUUAUUGAUAUUCUGGAACAAGAACUACAGCCAGACCAGAUUUGCCCUGCUCUCAAGUUGUGUGGAAGCCAAAAGGCAAUUGGAGUCCCUCCAAGAGUAAACGAUUUAGAAUGUGAUGUCUGUAUGGAUGUAGUUUCUUCUUUUCGAACUAAACUUCAAGACCCUGCUUCAAAAGAGAUAGUUUUGACUUUUUUGGAAGAAGGCUGCAUGCGUCUUCCUGAUUCUGUUGCUGGAGAAUGCAAAAAGUUUGUGGAUGAUAAUAUUGACUAUGUGAUGAAAGUUAUUGUUGAAGGGUUGGAUCCUAAGAAAGUUUGCUCUAUCUUGAAUAUCUGCCCAGCUGCUUUCCAUAUUGAGCAACCCAAAGGAAUGAUCAAUGAUAUUGAGUGCGAUUUAUGCAAACAAGUAAUUGGUAAAGUGGAAGACAUGAUUAAGGACCAAAAAACAGAAGAUGAAAUUAAAGCUGCACUGGACAAAGUCUGUUCCUACCUGCCUUCUUCUCUCUCUGCUAAGUGCGAGCAAUUUGUGAAUCAGUACACAGAUCUCAUUGUGACACUUCUUAUGGAGGAACUUGAUCCUCAGUUGGUAUGUGCUCGUCUUGGCCUUUGUCCUACACAAAUAAAAGAAGAAAAACCCAAAGAGCUUAAGGAUCUAGAAUGUGAUUUAUGCAAAGAUGUUGUUGCUAAAGUUGAGGAAAUUAUGAAGAAUAACAAGACUGAAGAUGAAAUUAAAAAUGCAUUGGACAAAGUUUGUUCCUACUUACCGUCUUCCCUUGCCACAAAGUGUGAACAGUUUGUGAACCAAUAUACAGAGCUACUGAUUGAUUUAAUAUCUCAAAAUCUAUCUCCAGACCUUGUUUGUGCUGCCGUAGAAAUAUGCCCAGAAGAACCUGGCUUAUUACAAUGGAAGUCCAAAGUGGCUGAUGUGGAAUGUGAGGGAUGUCAAUAUGCUCUACAUUUCAUUCAAAAUAUCCUCAUGAGCAAUGAAACCAAGGGAAAAGUAAAAGAGUAUGUCAAACGCUUAUGUAGUGUUUUCCUACCUCAAACUCUUGCUGGCAACUGUGAGGCUUUUAUUGAUGAGUAUGGUGACUCCCUGCUCAUCCUUGUUGCUCAAGAAAUUGAUCCUAGUUCCAUGUGUUACAAAGCAGGAUUGUGUAAAAGCAAUGCUAUCAUACCACAGCUGGUAGCUGAUGUGGCCUUUCCUAACUUGAAUCACUUCCAAAUCGAUGAAUGCUCUGUUUGCACCACAGUAGUAGACUAUGUAGAUAAACUCUUGGAAGAAGAUGAUGUAGAUAAGGAAAUAACUCAUCUGGUUGAGAAAGUGUGUGUCGUGCUUCCAACUUCUUUCAGGGACAAGUGUAGCUCCAUGCUUGAGACCUAUGGCCCCUAUAUUCUACAAAUGAUUGGGCAGGUGGCCAACAGCAAGCAACUUUGCCAGGAGAUUGAUUUGUGUCCCAGACAGGCGGGGCAGGUCCAUUUAAUUGGAGGUGCCAAGUGCACUUUUGGACCUUCUUACUGGUGCCACUCCCCUGCUCAUGCAGCUGCAUGCAAGGCUGAAAGCUACUGCCGGAGUAAAGUGUGGGUGAACUGAAUGAGCUUGCUUCAACUUUUUCAUUAUUAUUUGUUUUUGUACAAGGUUGUAACUUAGAUAGUGGACUUAUUGAAUGAGGCAGUCGUUUCAUGCAACUCUACUUAUGUUUUUUUUUUAUUUUUAUGUUUAAUUUUAUUUUUUUAAAGUCACAAAAUGUGAUUAAUCCAAAGAAAGCUCUCUUGGUUGCCAUAAAAUGAUUGUAACUAUUUUACAUUUGGUUAAAAUAAUAAAAGUUUUUGGUAGUA